AUGUCAUCACGUCGUAAACCGGAAAGCAAAACAUAUGGUAGUUGUCCAGAUCGGACAACUGAAAUAACACAACUUGAUGAAGAUGAUGGUUCGGAUUCAACUGAAGUAUUGUCAUCAACUGAUGAAGAAGAUCGAUGGAAAGAAGCAUCAAGAAGUACAGACAUUCCUGCAGAUUACUGGAAUAUACAAAAAUUAAUAAAAUAUAUUAAAGCCGGAAAUCAAACAGCGACAAUUGUAGCUUUAUGUUGCUUAAAAGAUUAUGAUUUAACAACUCAAAUCAAUCAGUUAGCAAUAUCAGAUAUUGGUGGUUUAGAAGUCCUUACAAAUUUAUUAGAAUGCAAUGACGCAAAAUGCAGACUUGGUGCACUAACAAUUUUGGCUGAAAUUACAUUAAAUAUUGAUAUAAGACGAACUGUUGUUGAUUUGGGUGCUGUGCCUUUAAUGAUUAAUGUAUUAAAUACACCAGGUGAAUUAAAAACUAUGGCGGCUGAAUGUUUAGCAAAUGUUGCAAAAGUUCGUUUAGCUAGAAAAUAUGUUAGAAAAUGUGGUGGUAUACCAAAGUUAGUUGAUCUAUUAGAUUGUAAAUUGUCAAUUUUACAAACUCCAAAAGAUGAAUUAAAUCUUGAAGAUAAAAAAUAUUUAGAUGCAGCUAGAGCUGGAGCAAGAGCUUUAUGGUCACUUUCAGAUUCAAGACAUAAUCGAGAAUUAAUGAGAAAAAGUGGUAUUGUACCAUUAAUGGCUAGGCUAUUAAAAUCUGUUAAUAUUGAAGUUGUCAUUCCAAUAAUGGGUACAAUUCAAAAAUGUGCUUCUCAAGCAAAUUUCCAAUUAGCAAUUACAACUGAAAAUAUGAUUGUAGACAUUGUUAACCAUUUAAAUAAUUCCGAUACUGAUUUAAAAUUACAAUGUAGUACAGCGAUAUUUAAGUGUGCUGAUGAUAAGGGAGCUCGUGAUUUGGUUCGGCAAGCAAAUGGUCUUGAUCCAUUGGUUGCUAUAGCACGCGAUAAAUCAGUACGUGAAAAUAAACCACUAUUAGCUGCUGCUACAGGUGCAAUAUGGAAAUGUGCAAUAAGUGCAGAAAAUGUAAAGAAAUUGGAUGGUCUUCGAACUGUUGCUGUUUUAGUUCAAUUACUUUCUGAUGAAAAUUAUGAAGUUUUAACUCAUGUUGCAGGUGGUAUAGCAGAAUGUGUUAGAUUUCCAAACAAUCGUGAUUCAUUACGAAAUGCUGGUGGCUUACCCUUAAUGGUAAAUUUAUUACAAUUAUCCCAUGCACCACUUUUAGAAAAUCUAUGUAAAGCUCUUAAGGAAUGUGCCGAGGAUAAUGAAAGUAUGAAAAUAUUAGAACAACUAGACGGUGUUCGAUUUAUUUGGUCACUAUUAAAAGAUCCACAUCCAAGAGUUCAAGCAUAUGCAGCAUACGCUUUAUGUCCUUGCGUUCAAAAUGCUCAAAAUUCAGGAGAAUUAGUACGAAGUUUAGUUGGAGCUAUGGAAUUGGUGGUUAGUUUACUAUCAUCAAAAGAUAAUUUAGUUUUAUCAGCUAUAUGUGCUGCAAUAGCAACAAUUGCAAGAGAUGAAACAAAUUUAGCAAUUUUAACUGAUUUAAAAGUUGUUUAUAAACUGGCAACACUUGUUCAUACAACAGAUGAUUUAUUAAGAGAAAAUUUAGCAGCAGCAAUUGCAAGUUGUGCUACUUAUAGUAAUAAUACACAAGAAUUUGGUAGACUUAAAACUGUUUCACCAAUUGUUGGUUAUAUGGGAUCAAAUAAUCCAGCAGUUCAUCGUACAACUGCUAUGGCAUUGGAAAAAUUAUCAAUGGAUCCACAAAAUUGUAUAACAAUGCAUCAAGCUGGAUGUGUUCCAUUUUUAUUAGAAACUGUUGGUUCAACUGAUCGAGUUUUACAAUUAGCAUCUGCUGGUACUUUAAGAAAUAUAAGAGAACUUGCACUUAGAGCAGAAGAAUUAAAUUAUAAGUACCAAUUAGAUACUCUAAAACCUAUUGAUUACAAACCGACGUGUAAUGAAAGUAGUAUAUUGGAGAAAUUCCUUUCAAAAAUAAAUAGGAAUGACUCUAUUUAUUUAAGAACAAAAAAUGUUAAAAGCUUGGAAGAAGCUUAUAACGAAUUAUUACAAACCGGAAUUACGGUUAGUCGUAAUAAUUCCAGUGUAAAUGCUAGGUCAACUCGUUCCAAUAGCAAUUUUCAAAAUAGUAAUUACAGUCGCGGUAACAAUUAUAACAAUAAUAAUAAUUUUCAUAAUAAUAGUAACAGCUUUCAAAAUAAUAACCGCGAUAGAUAUAACAAUUAUGAUUGCCAUGGUUAUCGCAGCCAAUUCUCUAAUAAUAAUAAUAACGACCGUGGUAAUCGUAGCCAAAAUAAUAGAAAUUUUUUUUCAAAUAAUAACCAAAUUAAUAGAAAUUUUUUUUCGAAUAAUAGCCGAAAUUCUCAAAAUUUUUUUCCAAAUGACACAAAUACAAAUAGAAAUACUAAUUUUGAUAAUAAUAGAGCGCGAAAUAGUAAUCGAAAUUAUGAACCAAUGGAGGUCGAUUAUAAUACAACCAACCACAAUAAUAACUCAAGCCGACGUAAUAAUAAUACAGAAAACUCGCAUACUGGUGCUGCUACGUCAAUAAUAAAUCCAAAUAUUUUUCCAGUAGAAAGGCAAUCGCAAUUAAAAACGCCCAUUUAUUUAGCUACCUUAAUGGGACAUAGAAUUAUACGGCGUGAAAUUAUCACGAAAACUCCUUCCGAAUUUAACGAAAAUACAACGAUGAGUUGGAAAGUUUUUAAUUUAAAGAAUAAAAAUUUCGACGCCAUUUUAGGCCAAAAUGUGCUUACACCAAUUGGUGCCAGGAUCGAUUUAUUAGAAAAUGCGAUCGAAGUUAAUGAGGGAGAUACUCUUACACAUAUAAACGAAGUAAAACACCAAAUUAUAACAAAACAUUCACGACCAAUAUAUUCGAAAACAUAUCGUUUUCCUAAAAUACAUGAAAUUGAAGUAGAGAGACAAGUAAAAGAAAUGAUCACUCAAGGUAUAGUCCAACCUAGUAAUUCCGCAUAUAACUCUCCGAUCUGGGUGGUUCCAAAGAAGAUGGAUAACUCAGGUAAACCUAAGUGGAGAAUCGUAGUCGAUUAUAGGAAAUUGAACGAAAUUACAAUGGACGACAAAUUUCCUAUUCCGAAUAUGGACUCCCUUUUUGACAAGUUGGGUAGAGCUCAAUACUUUACCACUUUGGACUUGGCGAAAGGGUUCCACCAAAUUUUGGUAGAUGAAAAGGAUAGGUGUCAUACCCUCACGCCUGAUGGUAUAAAGCCUAAUGACAAUAAGGUGAGGGUUAUCAAAGAACUCAAACUACCUACGACUAGAAAACAGAUAAAAAGUUUCCUUGGCAUUACGGGGUACUACCGCAAAUUCAUAAAAGAUUACGCUGCGGUAGCUAAGCCCAUGACUAAUUAUUUGAAAAAAGAUAAAAAAAUUGACAUUCAUAACCAAAAUUACGUUUUGUCUUUUGAGAAAUUAAAAGAACUUAUAACGAAUUAUCCGACUUUAAGGUAUCCAGAUUUUAAAAAACAAUUUAUACUAACAACAGAUGCUUCAAACUUUGCAAUUGGUGCCGUCUUGUCACAAGAUGGACACCCAAUUUGCUUUGCAAGUCGAACUCUUAACGAGCAUGAAACUCGUUAUUCUGCGAUAGAAAGAGAACUUCUCGCAAUCGUUUGGGCAACCAAAUACUUUCGCCCAUACUUAUAUGGCACUAAAUUUAUUAUUAGAACGGACCAUCAACCACUUGCGUGGUUACAUUCACUCAAGGAACCCAAUUCCAAAUUACAACGUUGGAAAAUCAGGUUAAAUGAAUAUGAGUUCGACAUAGAAUAUUUAAGAGGCAAAGAGAAUAGGGUUGCUGAUUUUCUCAGCAGAAUAAAUACAAAUAAACAAGAAAUAAAUCUAAAUGACAUAUCUGAAAAUGUAAAUAGGGAAAACGACACUGACAUGGCUACAAUUCAUAGUGGGGUCGAAGAUUUGCACGACCACAUCCCGAUCGUAGACCAUAUAGUUAAUACAUACCUUACACAGAUUCACAUCGUUCCUCAAAGGGAACGUGAAACAGAGAGAUUAUAUGGCAAAUAUAAAUUAAUAUAUAUAUCAGAAAAUGAAUUAAACGACAAUAAUUACUUGAACGACCUAUUACGUCGUGUUAUAAAAAAGGGAAAAAUUGCAAAAUAUGAUCGCCACCCACAAAAAACUAAACUACAAAUAAGUGAAACUCCUGACGAACCUAAUGACAUUGUUUGCGGCGAUGUGUUUUAUUGCUACAAACUGACCUUUUUGACAACUUUCGACAAAUUUUCGAAGCACUUAAUGGUUCAACAUUUACCUGACAGAAAUGCUUUAACUAUUAUAGAUCUUUUUAGAACUAGAUUUGCUAUAUUAGGAAAACCCAAUAAACUUGUACUAGAUAACGAAUUUAAUAGCCUUAAUAUGAGAGAUUUUUGUAGGGAAGAAAAUAUCGAAGUUCAUUUCACAUCACCUAGAUCCCACACGGGCAACUCUGACAUAGAGAGAGUUCAUGGAACUCUUAACGAACAUCUUAGAAUAUUUGAAACAACAAAAUGCAAACUAAAUACUAUUCAAAGGGUUUUUCUUGCGGUGGAAAAAUAUAAUAACUCAAUCCACUCGACAAUUGAAGUUAGACCACUUGAUAUUCUAAACGGUAAAGUUUCAAACCUAGAACUGAACAUUAAUAGAAGUGAAUUCAAGCCAGAAGACUCUGGUAAAAUUUUAGUUAAGAACCCUGAAACAGAAAGAUACAAAACCGCCCCAAGGUAUAUUCAGAUCGAAAGCCGACGGGAACACAAUAAAUUAAUAGAUAAUAAUAAUCGUAAUAUUCAUCCUUCUAGAAUUAAAAGGAAAUUUAAAUUCAUUUCAGGUCAAAAUUAA